AUGCCCCUCAUCGGGCGUGUGAUUCCGUCGCGCCACGCGUGCGCAUCGGCGACAGCACGGCCCGACGCCUCCGCGUCCGAAGCCAUGCAUCAAGCGCACGCCACGAGCCUCACUGGCAUCCUCAAGCAGCUCGGGCUCCUUGCAACCUUCGCCAACGACAUCUUUACGGAGGUUGCGGACGAGGCCAAGAAGACGAGCGUGCGCAUGCGUGCGCUUGGCGCCCGCGUCGACGGCCUUCUCGAGCAUCCUUCCGCCGAGACGACCGAGGCCGACACCAAGAACAACCAGAAGGCUGCACUCAUGGAAGACGCGGUGCGCUUCUCCCAAAAGACCAUGCCGGCCGCGAUUCAAGCGCUGUACGCAGCGUGUGAGACACCGCCGCCGUUGGACACGCUCGAUGUCUUUGCGAAGGAAGACGGCGCAUGUCGAAAGAAGUUUAGCCACCCGGCGUUCUUCCUCGAAGAGUGGAUGGCCCGCGAGACGGCGCGCCAAGACGCCGCCAAAGCCGAGAAAGUGGCCCAGCGCAAGCUCAAGCGGGAGCUGCGCGCCAUUCGCGCGCGCGAGACGCCCGUUGGCCUCACGCAAACCUUCCUCGCUGUGCAGACGUGGAAGGAAAAGUACGGCAACGGCGAAGGCGCCGAGCUCCGCAUCAGCAGUCGCAAGGCCGACGAGCUGCCGACGCUUUGCGUCGAAGAAGAGCCGAGAGCCGCCGUGGACGAUGCGGCGCUUCAAGAGCACCUGGACGAAGCAGAAGCGAUGGCGGCAUCUGUGCCACCGCCACCGCCGCCAGCGAGCACCGAGACCGAGAGCACAGAGACCGCAGUUGUAUCGCUGUCGAGCGACGAGCGAACGAUACGGCCCCCUUUGUUCCAAGCGGCGAUGAAGGAGCUUCUCAUGGCGGCGGCGAAGCCCCCGCCCCGCCACCGGUGA